AGAAAAUAUAAGACAGUACUUGAGCGGUUUCUCGUGCGUAAUCAAGAUGAGUUAUUCGUUUAGCGGAUUUAAGGAACGUCACAGGCAAGCUGCUAGGGGUACUUAAGAGAAGCGACAACCGAAGGAGUCACAGGCAGUCCGCCAGUGCCAACCAACCAUAUCACAGGAACUCCAGGUGUCUGAAGUAGUUCUUUAAGAAAUUCUUCAGCCCUAAAAUCCAUUGACAAGAUGUCUUACUGGGACAAUCCGGCCAACAUGGUCUCCAACAGCCUUCCCUCCACCAACCCUUAUGGGAACUACACAGUGGUCGACACUGUACCCAAAGAAAUCCUCCAUAUGGUGGAUCCUCAUUGGUACCAGUUCCCUCCCAUGAACCCCCUGUGGUACGGCCUGGUCGGUUUCUGGAUGGUUGUUAUGGGCACUCUGUCCGUCUUCGGCAACUUUGUCGUCAUCUGGGUCUUCAUGGCCACAAAGUCUCUCCGAAGCCCAGCUAACCUCCUCGUCGUCAACCUGGCUGUUUCUGACUUCCUCAUGAUGCUGACUAUGUUCCCACCCAUGGUCAUCAAUUGUUACUGGCAGACAUGGAUACUCAGUGCCACCUUCUGUGAACUGUACGCCUUCUUCGGUUCACUCUUCGGCUGUGUGUCUAUCUGGACCAUGCUGUGGAUCACAUAUGACCGCUACAAUGUCAUUGUCAAGGGUGUCGCUGCUGAGCCUCUAAACUCCAAGGGAGCCAUGCUCAGGAUUUUCUUCACUUGGACAUUCGCCUUUGCCUGGUGCCUGCCUCCCUUCUUCGGCUGGAACCGCUACGUGCCUGAGGGCAACAUGACUGCUUGUGGUACUGAUUACCUCACUGAAGAUGUCUUCUCCCACAGCUACCUCUACAUCUACUCCGUGUGGGUUUACUUUGUUCCUCUCAUCGUGAUCGUGUACAGCUACACCUUCAUCGUCAAGGCUGUCGCUGCUCAUGAAAACCAGAUGCGUGAACAGGCUAAGAAGAUGGGUGUCAAGUCUCUCAGGAGUGAAGAAGCACAGAAGACCUCUGCUGAGUGCCGUCUGGCUAAGGUUGCUCUGAUGACAGUGUCCCUGUGGUUCAUGGCCUGGACCCCUUACCUCAUCAUCAACUACGCUGGCAUGAUCAACAAGUCCCACGUGACUCCUCUUUUCUCCAUCUGGGGCUCCGUAUUUGCCAAGGCCAACGCUGUCUACAACCCCAUCGUUUACGCCAUCAGCCAUCCCAAGUACCGAGCUGCCCUGGAGAAGAAGCUGCCAUUCUUGUCCUGCGCUACUGAAGGUCGUGAUAACCAUUCUGAAUCUGCCUCCACUGUCACCAACGAGAAAUCUGAGAGUGCUUAAAUAUCUCAGGUCAUCAAACUAAUUUGAUCACAAGACACAUGAUUUCUUGAUUCCUUCUCCUGUAACGCUUUAAUAUAUCCUUGCAUUAAA